AUGCGCGUCGACGACGGGCCGGAGCAGAAGAGCGUCGCCUUCGGCAAGGCCGGCACGCUCGCGCCGUGGCUCGCCAAUUUCUCCUUCUGGGUCGCGCACCCGGAAUCCAGCUCGCUGACGAUCAGGGCGACGGACGGGGGUAAGCAGCUCGGCGUCGUCUCCGCCCCCCUCGCCUCCGCGGUGUGGGACAGGGACUCCAAGAAGGACCUCCCCGCCCCGACCUGGCUCGACCUCUCCGACGGCGCCGGCCGCGUUCGCGCGCAGCUCAUCGUCCUCAAGGCGCCCCCCGCCGGCGCGCCCCACGAGCUCAAGGUUCUCGUCGGCACCUGGAACGUCGGAAACGAGCCCCCGCCCGCGGACCUGACGUCGUGGCUCCAGUGCGGCCAGGGCCGGCCCAAGGGCGGAUCGCGCACGCCGUCCAGGCGCAACUCCAUGGAGGAGCUGGCCGCCGCCGGCGGCGGCCUCCCGGCGCCGCCGUCCAAGGAUGACGACGAAGGAUCCUCCUCGUCCAAGGCUUCGAGCGCUAAGCUUCCCCCCGUCGCGCCCCGGGACGUCGCCAACGCCGCGGGCGUCGAGUCCGACGACUCCGAGACGGACGCCGAGCCGGAAUCGUCCGUCUCCGAGACCGGCGGCAAGAAGGGCAAGAAGGGCAAGAAGGCGAAGAAGGAGAAGAAGCCGCAGCCGCCGCCGCCCGUCCCGAACCCCGAGUCGGGAGUCGCGCCCAAGAAGUUCGGCACGUACGACAUGGUGGUGGUGGGCUGCCAGGAGGGCGACUACGACCCGAGGGACGGGUUCGACAAGUGCGAGGACGACUGGGUGGCGUGCCUCGCCAACACCCUCGGGGACUCGUACUCGUUGCACUGCAAGAACGCCCUCGGACAGAUGCGAAUCUGCGCGUUUGUCCGCGCGGACGUCGCGCCGGCUGUGCACCACUGGCUCAAGUCCACGGAAGCCACCGGGUUGGGGCACAUCAUGAACAACAAGGGCGGCGUCGGUGUCUCGUGCCGCGUGUGGGACACCUCCGUCUGCUUCAUCAACAGCCACCUCGCCGCGCACGACGACAUGCGCAAACGCAGAGACGACGAUUUCGCCGAGAUUGUCGGCGGGUGCAGGUUCGGCGAGAAGCUCGAGUGCACCGAGGCGUUCCACCACCUGGUCUGGAUGGGGGACCUGAACUACCGGUGCGAGUGGGGUCUCGAACCGGGCGCCGAGAUCAAGCGCAAGCCCACCGAGGAGCGCUUUAACGCGAUGCUCGCGAAGGUCAAGGGCGGGCCGCCGGGCCGCGCCGAAGUUUUCAAGCACGACCAGCUGACCCGCUCCCGCCUGGCCGGCGACGCGUUCAUGGGCUUCCAGGAAGGGGACCCCGCCAAGUCGCACAUGCCCACGUUCAAGGUGCAGCGCGAGCCGGGGUUCAACUACAAGACCCAACGGACGCCGGCGUGGUGCGACCGCGUGCUGUGGAAAACCGCGGAGGGUUUCGCCGCCAAGCAGACUUCGUUGACCGCCGCCGGCGACGUGGGCACCAGCGACCACAAGCCCGUGUCCUCGGGCCUCACGCUCGAGCUGCUCGCGCACUCCGCGACGGUUCACAUCGAGAGCGACGAUCCGUCCGCGGCUGCCGAGCCGACGUCGCCCAUGCGAGAGACGCCGUCUGCGGUUUCCGCGUUUGACGUGGCGUUGGACAUGGCGCCGGUCCAAUCGGCGAACGCCACGUCAGCUGCCGGGACGUCCCCGGGGAAGGUUCGACGCACGCAGACGGUGGACGCGACCAAGUCCACGUCCGUCAAGGACGGUUCGAUCCUGCGGAAGCUGUUUCAGACGAUGUGCUUCUGCCUCUACCCUUCGAACGAGUGGUCCGCGCCGACGUCGCAGUGGAUCCUGCGGUUCGAGGAGCUCAGCGCCACGAACCUCGUCGCUUCGGACAUCAACGGCAAAUCCGACCCUUACGUGGUGUUCUUCGGCUCGGUGUUGGAAGACCCGGGCGGGUACGCCGGACCAAACGUGAAGAAUCCCAAGUGGCGAACGAAGACGAUCAAGACGAAUCUCAACCCGGUUUGGCCGUGCGACGGUAAGAGCGUGCCGACGCUGCCGCUCGCGGUUUCGCAGGCGGACGUCAUCGGCCGCGAGCACCUGCUCAUUCGCGUGAUGGACCAGGACACGCUCUCGCAGGAUGACUUGAUCGGAUCCGCGAGGCUCUACCUCGGGGACUUCGGCGACGCCAUCAGGGCUGGUAAGGGUGGUAAGAUCGAGAAGCUGAUUCAGCUGACGAGUAAGGGCAGGAGGGCGGGUGAGCUGAUGCUCUCGCUGGUCCUCGAGAAGAACCCGCACGCCGCCGCGUGA